AUGCUGGCGGACCCACGUGAAGCAUUUUUUAAUUGGCACGCUGUCAUUCGGGUUGCCUCUUUCCGUUCCUGCAGCACUACAGCCAGGGCCUUCGCAACAGCAAUCGCCACUAUCACCAAUCUACUGUUCGUCCUCUUCAGCCAAUACUUCUACUACUACCACAAUUUCUACCUCCUUAGGUACCCCUGCCCGCUCCGCUGGCUCAAGCGGCGUCGCAGACAUCGAUAUAAGCAAUACUUUCGUGGCUACAGUCACUAUGACUCCAGCCUGUUAAGACAAUUCUAUCGAUCAUAA